CCGUGCUCUCGUUCAACCUCGCCGCCAUUGAUGCACUCACUCCCUCCGUCGACCCACCUCCGUCUCUCUGCGUCCCUUGCUCGUGUCGUGUCGUGUCGUGUCCUUCCUCUGACUUCUGUGUCCGGAGGAAUCGUGCACGGGUUCCUCCGUCUUCUUCCUUCGAUCGGAGCGUUUCUUGAAGCCGACGUAAUUCCGUUUCCCUGAAAAUCCUCCGUCGGCUCUUCCGAAGGUGCACGCUUUCUGUCGCUGAGAACUACUAGAGUUGUCAAACUUUCUCUCAUCUCGUGUUCCGUCGGCUCUCUUUGUUUUCGAAAAUCUUGUUUGCUUCGUUCGAGAGCUCGAGAAUCUCCCGUUCGUGUUUCUGGAAAUGGCGGACUACACGCAUCAAACACCGAGUGCACACGCCGCCGCUCCUGAUGUGGUCGUGCCCGAAUCCGACCAUCCGGCAAUCGAUCUUAACCUUCCGGAUCUGGAGAACCCGACGGACGAUCAGGAUCAGGAUUCAUCCGUCUCCGACAGCGAGAGCAUUGUCUCGGACGAUCAUUCUGGCAAUGCGCUGUUGCCGUUCAUUGGCGCCGGGUUGAUGGAGCUCGGCGAGGGAGACAAGGUCCACCGCUCUAUCAAGGAGAGAUUCGUCUCGCGGCUAGGUGCGCUCGGGGCGCAAGUUACCGUGGUGGCAAUCCACCGGAAUUGCUCCUCCAGUGUCUCGGCGAGAGCACGGGCCCAAGCGUUUCAAGUUUACUCACAGGCAGUGCAGAAGAAAGGCGGUGGCGACACUGCCAACGUGAGGUAUGCGUGGUAUGCAAUCUCGAGGGAAGAGGUAUCCAAGAUCUUCUCCUAUGGCUUUAGCUACAGUGGGAAGCCUCGGAACAGUGGCUUGUAUGGCUGUGGAGUUUAUUUUGCUCCUGAUAAUCAUCCUCUCGAAUGCGUUAAGUCAGCCCCUGCAGAUGAAGAUGGCCUAAGGCAUCUCUUGCUUUGCCAAGUCAUAUUGGGGAAACAGGAGCUUAUCAGCUUUGGCUCGGAACAGUCUCAUCCUAGCUCAGAACAGUACGAUUCGGGCGUAGACAACUUAUCAUCUCCGAGGAGAUACAUUGUUUGGAGCACCCAGGUGAACACUCACGUGUUGCCAGAGUAUGUUGUCAGCUUUAGAGCCCCUCAUCGCUCGAGAGGGUUGUUGAGAACUCUGGAGAAGUCGCGUAGACCGACUUCCCCUUGGAUGCCAUUUCGGAUUUUGAUUUUGGAACUCUCGAAGAUCUUACGUCCAUCUGACGUCAAUCUGAUCUCCAAGUAUUACAGAGAUCACAAAGCUGGGAGGGUUUCAAGGCAUCUGCUGGUACAAAGAGUUAGGCAUAUAGCAGGGGAUGGAUUGCUGACUAGAAUCAUCAAAAGUUUCAGAAUCAAGCAAUCUCGGGCUGAAGUAGCUGAUCAUGGGACCAGGGAUGGACUUGAAUAAGACUAGGGAUGCGAGGCGCAUAGAGGAGAUUGGUUUUCGUUUUGGCGAGGUUCACAGCACACAGCGGCGUGAGCAAACGGUACACAAGAUGCGGAGGAGGAGGCGCAUCUGAUUCAUUGACAUAGCCACCGAUACUUAGAUAGGAAAAAGACUCUUUUGGAAUUUGUAUGAUCUGCCGAUGUUUUGGGGUUUUUUUUUUUUUUUGGCGUUGGAUUUUCGUCAUAAACCGUGGUCUUUCUUGGUUCCUUUCUCACAUUACCGUUUGUUUUCAUGGAGAAUCAAAACUCUUCUUUGCAUGAACAUGUUAUGGGAAUUAUCGUA